CACCUUCACACACACACACACCUUCACACACAUCCCCACCUCCACACACAUCCCCACCUCCACACACACACCCAACUUCACACACACACACACCUUCACACACAUCCCCACCUCCACACUCAUCCCCACCUGCACACACACACCCACCUUCACACACACACCCACCUCCACACUCAUCCCCACCUCCACACACACACCCACCUCCACACCCACCUUCACACUCAUCCCAACCUCCUCACACACCCCCAUGGGCUCUAACACUACCCACAACUCUGUCAAUAAACCCCACCUCCCAGAAUUCCUCUUCCACAAUGCCACUUCCCUUUCCAAUUCCUCCAGAAAGCCCCACCCUAAUGUUCAACCCCACUCCUAUCCUCAUUUCUCCGUCCUCCUCCACUUCUCAGACGGCUCUAGACACACAGCCUAUGCUUCAGCUUCACUCGUCUGGAGAAUCCCUCCCUCCUCAGCAGAUGACCUUUGACCUUGACCCAGUGGGUGGUGCAGAUCUGUGUAAAGGAGCUGCUGAUGAAGAGUCAGCUGCGUGUGUGUUCAGACUGUGGCCUGUGUGUCCGUCUCGCUUGGCAUUAUUUACAACUCUGAUACCAUUCUUCAUCAUCAUCAUCAUCAUUGUCAUUGUUACUGUGAGGUUUGUGUCUUUUCCAACAAAAAUAAGAGACAACAGUGCCUCCUGUGACUUAAAGUGGAACUGCAGCCUGUCAGAGCCUUCAUACACACUUCCUGUCAAUCAAACACUAACAACUUCCUCAGACUGCACUGGUCCAAUAGAGUUUUUGGAAAGGAUUGUGGGCGGGACUGUGGCUCGGCAGGGCCAAUGGGCAUGGCAGGCCAGUCUGCAGUGGAGGGGACAGCACAUGUGUGGGGGGGUGAUAAUCAACCCAAACUGGGUCAUAACUGCUGCCCACUGCUUCAUUGAGUAUGACCUGACACUGGAAGCUGAUUGGCAGGUUGUGGUCAAUACUCUCGUGGUGUCUGAUGUGUCACACGGUCAGCGCUACAACACACUGCGCAUACUUACACACCCCAAAUACUCAAAAGAAACCAAUGACUACGACUUGGGCCUACUGCUCACACAUACUGCCAUGAGGAUGGGGGACACUGUGAGACCUGUGUGUUUGCCUGUUGCUCCUCAAUCGUUCCCUAUCGGCUCAUCCUGCUGGGUUACUGGGUGGGGCUUCACACAUGAAGGAGGGUCAGUGUCGGCUCAGCUCAGACAGGCACAGGUUCAAAUUAUUAAUCAGACAGUGUGCUCUGGUCCAUCAGUCUACGGUCUCUAUAUCACUCCCAGAAUGCUGUGCGCUGGAGAUAUGGAGGGUGGAGUUGACGCCUGCCAGGGGGACAGUGGAGGGCCCCUGGUAUGUAAAAUGGCUGGUGGGGACUGGCGGUUGGCAGGUGUAGUCAGUUGGGGUGAUGGAUGUGGACGACUGAAUAAACCUGGAGUUUACACACGAGUGACAUCACUACUGCAAUGGAUUAAACAACACACACAGGAAGGGGAGGCGAGUGGAUCAGCAGGCAGCACAGUGAUGCCUUAUUAA